CAAAAAUUGGUAAAUGGAGGCCGCCGGUCAUUUGUGCGUGCGAAAACUUUUUAGUUUUAAUUGAAGAUGCCUCGCCAAUACGUUAAUUACUCUGCCGAAAUGUUAAACGUAGCGGUGGAUCUAGUUAAAUCAAAAAAAAUAUCGUCAUACGAAGCAGAGAAGCAAUUUGGCAUACCCAGGCGAACAAUUUUGAAUAAAUGCAAUGAUCAUCACCAAAAAGCUGUAGGUCAUCCUACACUUCUAAGCGCAGAAGAAGAAAUCCUAAUAGCUGAUACUGUGAAAGUAUCAGCUGAAUUUGGCAGUCCCUUAACCUUAUUAGAUUUACGUAUCGUGGUGUAUCACCACUUAGAAAAUAAUGGAAAAUCACAUAUUUUUCAUGGAAAGAUGCCCGGGGAACGCUGGGCACGUAAUUUUUUAAGACGGCAUAAAAUGACUCAACGUAUAACGCAGAACAUAAAGAAAAGUCGCGCAUCAAAGUCCGUUGCCGAGUUAAAUGAAUACUUCAAACACCUAGAAGUUGAAAUUGCAAAUGUACCUCCGUCGAAUUUACUCAAUUACGACGAAACUAACCUGAGCGACGACCCUGGUUGCAAUAAAGCGAUAUUCAAAAAAGGAAUAAAGCACCCUGAAAGGGUAGUUAACUCUAGCAAAAGCUCGGUUUCAAUUAUGUUUGCCGGCACUGCUGAUGGAAAAUGUUUGGCACCAUACGUAGUCUACAAGGCCGAGCAUUUGUGGAGUCGUUGGUGUCUAGAUGGUCCUUCAGGCUGUCGAUACAAUCGUACAAAAUCAGGUUGGUUCGACAUGGUAUGUUUCGACGACUGGUUUGAACAAAUUAUUCUACCCUGGGCGACUGGCUUAGAUGGACCAAAAGUUAUUAUUGGCGAUAAUUUAUCAUCACAUAUAAGCGUUUCUACUGUAAAACUAUGCCGCGAACACAAUAUAAGAUUUGUGUUUUUGCCGCGAAACGCUACUCACCUCACUCAACCGUUAGAUUUAUCAUUGUUCGGUCCAAUGAAGAAACACUGGCGAACGAUUUUGCUGCAGUAUAAACUAGCAAAUCAAAAUGCUGCAACUAUAAACAAAUGUCAUUUUCCACAGCUACUAAAACAAUUAAUAGAUAAACUACAAAUAAGUAACGAGAACAAUUUAAAAAGUGGUUUUAAAGCUGCUGGAAUUUUUCCCUUUAAUGCAUCAAAAGUUACUCAAAAUAUACCUGAAGAGACCGGACAGAUGAGGCAAAAAUUUGAUCACACUCUUCUAGAGUACCUGAAAGCUUCCAGAGAGUCGAAACCAAUGUUAGGAGGUAGGAACCAAAAAUUGAAAAUAACUCCAGGGAAAUCAGUUUCUGGGGAAGAUGCAAUAAUAAGCCAAAAACCAACUGAAACCAAAGGAAAGCCCACUGAAAAAGUUUGUGAAAUAAAUAACUUGGACAAUAAAAACGAAUGUAUGGAAAACAUUAAUGAAAACGAAAUUCAAUUAUCCUUCACUCCACCAUCCCCUAAACCUUAAAAAAUAAAACUUCUUUCAGAAGUUAGAUUUUCUAAAGAUAAUAAAGCGUUCUACAAUAUAAGUAAUAUGGUACCAUUAAAAUUAACCAAAAUUGAUAAGGACACCGAUUUGUUUAUUAAAAAGAAAAAAAAAGUUGCAAAGAAAAAUCCGCCAAAGAAAAGAAUGCGAUUAGCUUCAGGUAGUAGCACGUGUGAAAGCGUUGUUCAAAUGAGCUCACAUAGUGAUUCAGACAUUUUUGAUAUUAAUACAUUAAGUGAUAGUGAUAAUGAUGACAUUUUUGACAAUGUAUCAGGCAGUUGGAUCCAAACUGAUAAGGAAAAUAAUAUUGAAAUGACAAAUAACAAAAAUAGUUUACAAAAAUAUAAUUUUGCAGAAAAAGAUAAUAAAAAUAUGUCCCAUGUAAUAAAAAAUCGUAAAAAUCCCAUUAAAAUUACAGAGAAAAUAAAUAAAACCAUCAAAGAGUCAAAGGAAGAAGGAAAAAGAAAUCUGGUGAGUGAAAUGACUACUUAUGAAAGAGAAGUCAUUGAUCAAAACGAAGAUGAUUUCAAAACGUUGAUUGAUCAAAAUGAAGAUGAUUUCAAAACAAAACGAGAUAAAAGAGAAUCAAAACCAAACGACAUACUAAAAAAGACUGAACUAGAAAAUAAAGAUUCAUUAGCUUUCAAUGUAGGAGAUAAAGUUUUGACUAGAUAUUUUCAACGCAAUUUAUGGAAAUAUUACAUCGGUGAAAUAGACAGUAUUGAUAAUAUAAAAAAAACAUACGCUAUAUCAUAUUACAAAUCAGUCGGAAAACAAAGUAAAGAUAAUUUAAAAUUCAUUAAACCAAAACGGGUCACCGACAAGGAUAUCAUACCAGAAGAUUCUAUCGUAAAAACUGUGGAUCUUCUGCAAAUUUCUGAAACUCCCGAAGAGUAUAUUAUUAUGUUUGAUGAAGAUGGUAUUUACUUUUGAAAUAUUUUAAAAAAGUUCCUUUAGUAUCAUAAUUUUUUCUAAUAAUCUAUAAUCUUGAUACCUUAUUUCCAUUUUAUUUGUGAGACUAUAUUAUUUUCAAGUUUUAUAUAAUAAUGUUACCACCGCAAAUAGUUUUAUUUAAUUAGGUAGUUACCUAAGCAAUAAAUAUGAAUCCUCAAUGAGUGUUAAUUUUAUAAUUGUGUGCUACAAUAUAAAUGUAAAAAAGAUUAUUAAAUUAUUUGAUUAUAUUAUGUCCUUUUUCUUUGUGACAGCCCUUGGUAAAUCCCUAAAAUAAGUUCUAGCAUACAAAACUUUGCCUACCGACUUAAAAAUAAAUAUAAGGGUGUUGGGAUCAAUUUGCGUAUAUGGCAUGAAAAUACACGAACUCUUUAGUAGAUUUGUAUAUUUAUACACUGCUAAGGUAGGUAAAUAAUAAAAAUGUGUAGCUAGGCAAUGUUAGUGUUUCGACAGUUACAUUGCCUGGUUCUUUAGAACGCAAUUUCUCAUUCAUCUUUCUGGUUUCAAGCGAUUAUUGACUCUAAACCAAUAGGUUAAAGUUAUAUCUUGCAUAUUUGACCAAAAUAACCUAAAAUAUUCUUAAAACUAAAACGUUAUUUUUAAAAAACCCCGAAAUCAAGGCAAAGUUGGAGCAUUUUACGGUACCAUGCUCAAUGACCUCAGCAGAGUUUCUCAACAGGUGGGCCUAAAAAUGAACAUGGCUAAAACGAAAGUAAUGUGUAAUGCUCAUGUAUCGCUCCACCCAGUUAUAGUUGAGAACGCUGCACUCGAAAUUGUAGACGAAUACGUAUACCUAGGACAUAUGAUCCAGUUAGGUAGGUCCAAUUUCGAGAAAGAGGUGAACCGUCGAAUCCAACUCGGAUGGGCUGCAUUCGGGAAGCUUCGCGACAUCUUUUCGUCCGAAAUUCCUCAGUGCCUGAAGACGAAAGUCUUCGAACAGUGCGUGUUGCCAGUGAUGACCUAUGGUUCCGAGACUUGGUCGCUAACUAUGGGCCUCAUAAGAAGGCUCAGAGUCACACAGCGGGCGAUGGAACGAGCUAUGUUAGGAGUAUCUCUGCGUGAUCGAAUCAGAAAUGAAGAGAUCCGCAGAAGAACCAAAGUCACCGACAUAGCUCAACGAGUUGCGAAGCUGAAGUGGCAAUGGGCGGGGCACAUAGUUCGAAGAGCCGAUGGACGUUGGGGUCCCAAAGUGCUGGAAUGGCGACCCCGCACUAGUAAGCGCAGUGUUGGCCGACCCCCCACCAGGUGGACUGACGACAUCAAGCGAGUCGCAGGGAUUCGCUGGAUGCAGGCGGCUCAGUAUCGUGAUGUUUGGAAGUCCCUACAAAAGGCCUAUGUCCUGCAGUGGACGUCCAUCGGCUGAUAUGAUGAUGAUGAUGAUGAUAUUACUUG